AUGGCGUCGCCCUCGGUGCCCAUGCAAGGUAUAGCGCUCUCCCCUGCCGAAGCGCUGGCCGGCGGAGUAGCCAUCGUACCCCCUCCCACCCCAUCCGCACCUCUCGCACCGACAAAAUCACCCGUCCCAUCCUCUUCGGCUAUAUCCGAGGACAAAAAUCUUAUCCUGGACGAGUAUCCCAACGCCCUCCCGCUCACCAAGGGUGACUCGCCCCCUCCUACUGGUCCACCGCCGACCCUCCCCCCUCGUCUAUCCACCGCUCGGCUCAUAGCCAUCGCAGCCAUCGUAACAUGUACGAUGUGCCUCGGUGCCGCCGGCGCGAUGGGACUGAUCAUCUCCCUCCCGAUCAUUCAGACCGAUCUGAACAUGCGGGACACGGACCUUCAGUGGGUCUCUUCGGUCUACAGUCUCACCGCGGGGUGCUUCUUGCUCCUGUCAGGGCGGAUAGCGGACAUAUUUGGGAGAAAGAAAGUCUUCGUGGCGGGUGUGGCGUGGAAUGCGAUCUGGACCCUUAUUGGGGGUUUCAUGAACAACGGCACGGCCCUGAUUAUCACAAGAGCUCUCGCUGGUAUGGGGAAUGCGAUGAGUACGCCCAGCGCCAUUGGUAUCAUCGCCACCAACUUCAAAGGCAGAGCUCGCUCUUCUGCCUUUGCUGCAUUUUCGGCUGGAGCGCCCGCGGGCGGAGCAGUCGGCUUGAUAAUAGGCGGUAUGCUCACAGCAUAUACUCCACAAACUUGGCGCGCGGUGCUUUGGACUCUCUCAUCCCUCUGCUUUCUCAUCGCCGCCCUCGGCUUCAUGUUCAUCCCGGCCGACGGGGUCCAAACCCUGGACAAGCGCGUGGACUGGAUUGGUGCUGCUCUCGUCACUGUCGGCCUGAUCUUGUUCAUGUUUGUCAUCAGCGCCGGGGAGAGUGCCCCACAAGGCUGGCGAACAGGAUAUAUUAUUGCCAUGCUCAUCCUUGGCAUCGCUCUCAUCGCCGCCUUCUUCGUCUGGGAGAGGCACGUCAUCAACAACACCACUCGGCCGCCACUGAUGCGCCUGAAGCUGUGGACGAGGGCGAAGGGACGACUGGCAGCGGUGUAUGCUAUCGGCUUUACCUCGUGGAUGGGCUUCUCGGCACUGUUCUACCAAGCCACCCUCUUCUACCAACAGGUCCAAAUGACAGGUACGAUCGGUGCGAUGCUUCGUUUCCUCCCCACCUCGGUUUCUGGGAUCCUGUGCAACGUUCUCGUGGCUUGGCUAGUCAAUAAGGUGCGGACGCAAUGGAUCAUCUGCGUUGGAAUCCUAUCAACAGGUAUCGCCAAUGUACUCUUUGCAGUCUCGCCGAAGGACGUCGAUUAUUGGCGGCUACCUUUCAAUGCGAUGUGGAUGGCUGUGCUCGGAGCGGACUUCUUGAUGGCUACCGGCUCAAUCUUCGUCGCUGCUCUAGCCUUACCGGAAGAACAGUCGGUAGCAGGAGCCGUCUUCCAAACGCUCAUCCAACUAGGCGGCUCCUUCGGCAUAGCCAUCACCACCGUCAUUUCCACAGCGUACAACGAGCGGGCCCUCCACGCUGGGCUCGCGCCUGUCGAUGCGCAGUUGGAGGGAUUGCACGCUGCGUUCUGGCUAGGAGCGGGCUGUAGUCUGUCGGCGCUGAUCAUUGCUAUGGUGAUGCUGAGGGGGAUGGGGGCUAUUGGGAAGGUCAAAAAGGAGGAGGCGGUGGCGGCAGAGUCGGCCGGGGCCGGAGGAGAGGAGAGGAGCAGGGAGCGGAACGACGAGGAGGUGGGAGUGAGGCGUGAGAAGGCUUGA